AUGGCGGCAAAAAACAAACCAAAACUGGACAAGGCGGCAUAUUUCGCACAAAAACCGUCCAAGCAAAAGAAACCGCCGGAAAGGAAGGAGCAGAGGCGCAGACGUCGGACACAGAGAACGAAGCUCAGGCGGGGAGUGAGGGGCCAAUAACUGAGUCCAGAAUGAAAUCUCUGCUGGAAACAUUGAAUACCUCCCUGAUGCACCAAUUUAAAGAGGUAAUAGCCAACCUAAACAAAGAUGUGACGGAGUUGGGCGAGCGCACAUCGCAUAUAGAAAACAAAAUGGCGGAACAUGCAGAGGUCCAUAAUAGCAUGGCGGAUGCCAUGCAGGAGUUGGAGCACAAACUACAAGCCCAUGAAGAUAAGCUAACUGAUCUGGAAGAUCGUUCCAGGAGGAAUAAUGUGCGAAUAAGGGGCAUUUCGGAAGAUAUAGGCGGCUCCAAUACAUAACAACUUUCUUUGCCAAGCUUAUACUGGAAGUGGACCCAGACCUUCUGGUCAUAGACCGCAUACAUAGGAUGCCGAAACACAAACCGAUUUCAUCACCACGUGACGUGUUAAUGAGGAUCCAUUAUUUUCACGUCAAAGAUCAAAUUAUGAAAGCCAGCCGCAAAAACCGACCCCUGGCAGAAUACAAAGCGCUGCAAAUCUACGCAGACCUCUCUCCAGCCCCACUACUUCAACGCUCAUCACGACCUCUCUACAGUCUCAAAACGUGCCUUACCAUUGGGGAUUCCCCACCAAGAUCCAAGUGCUAAAAAAUGGGACACUCCACAUGAUCAGGACGGUGGAGGAGGGACGCAAACUACUGAGAGACUGGGACAUCCCUAUCCAGGACCCGAAGCACCUACCUGCGCCCGGCCCUAGGCGGCUAAACCCAGAGUUGCAAAAAGCACCAUGA